AUGUUUAAAAAAAUCCAAGGAGGUGGAGGAGGCGGCGGUGGAGGCGGAGGAGGCGGCGGCGGCGGAGGAGGAGGAGGCGGCGGAGGUGGUGGCGGUGGAGUUAACCCGACUGUGGCCCCACCAUGCACGACCACAACUGCUCCCUGCACAACUACGACUGCUCCCUGCACGACCACGACUGCUCCCUGCACGACCACGACUGCUCCGUGCGUGACGACACCCCCUUGCAACACCAACCCCCCGGUGGUCAAGUGUCCGGACUGCGUGAACGCGGCCUGCACCCCGAACGCGUGCAACCAGGCCGUCCACCUGCCGUACCCAGGUGACUGCACCAGGUUCUGCCAGUGCGACCACCUCGGCGCCGUGGAGUUCAAGUGCCCUGCCGGUCUGCACUUCAACCGUGUUCUGCAAGUGUGCGACUGGCCCAACGCGGCCUCCUGCACCAUCCUCAACACCUACGUCGGCACCUGCUCAGCCUAAGCAUGAUGUGCAAGCUUGCUGAAUAAACUGACGCACGGCAUGUCGACAUGCAACUAUUAUAAGCUCUGAAUAAAUCUUUAAGUUUCUAUUUAUACUCA